GAACCAAUCUUGUCCAAAACCUACUUACUUUUACCUUCGUUUGUGCGGGCUUUCUGGGUCGGCGCAGCAAGGAAGGCAUACUUCGGUGCUCGUAUGGCUUUUAUUUUUCGAAAAUUUCAGGAGGCUGUUACAACACUUGCAAAGAAUCCCAGAUUUGCUCGUGAUCCAAGACACAUCCAAUUUGAAGCAGAUGUGAACCGCUUAUUUCUUUAUACUAGCUUUAACCGGUUGGGAAGAAAUGCUGAUGACAAGGAUGCAGAUGAGAUUAUUGACAUGGCAAACAAAGCUUCUGUUGCUGAUCAGCAGAGGCAAGUUCAGGACAAUAUACACUGUCAAAUUAGAAAUAUAUGUGAUGCAAUGGAUGACAUUCUGCUCCCUGAUGGCUUGAGCAAACCCACUGUUCAGGAGUCAACCCCACAGAUGCCGAAUGCUCAGCGUCCCAGUGGCCUUAGUUUUGCCAUUGGGAAAACAGUGGCAUCUGCAAACCAAUCUGUUACACCUGAAACACAGCCAUUGACUAGCUUGGAGUUUUCACAAAAUCUGAAGGACCGUAUUGGCUAUACUCUUGAGAUAAAACCUUCUGAAAUCCCUCACAAAGAAGCUGGCCAAGGUUUAUUUUUGACUGGUGAAACUGAUGUGGGUGCUGUUGUGGCAUUCUACCCUGGAGUAAUCUACUCACCUGCAUAUUAUCAGAAUAUUCCUGGGUACCCGAGGGUAGAUGCUUGCAACUCAUAUUUGAUUACAAGAUAUGAUGGUUUUGUCAUCAAUGCACAGCCUUGGGGAACUGGCGGUGAAUCACGGGAAGUAUGGGAUGGCUGUUACAAGCAAGUACACCCGCUGCCAUCAGAAGACAAUAAGCGUUCUUCUGACCGACUAUGGAAAAUGCUUGCUAAGCCUUCACAAGGUAGCCAUCCAGUAAUUUCCAGGGAAGUACUUGAGAGGAGGAAUCCACUUGCCUUUGGCCAUUUUGCCAAUCAUCCAUCUAAAGAAACAGGACCAAAUGUGAUGGUCUGCCCGUAUGACUUCCCUGUGAUGGAGAGGCAAAUGAGAGUCUACAUUCCAAAUAUUAUGUUUGGAAGUGAAGAGAGUGUAGCGAUGCGGAGGUUUGGUAGCUUUUGGUUCAAGUCCUGGAGAAGCAGUGACCAAGAUGCCGGGGCUCCGGUCAUGAAAACACUUGUACUUGUUGCGACAAGAGCAUUGCGUGAUGAAGAGGUUCUUUUGAAUUACAGGUUAAGCAAUUCGAAGAGAAGACCAUCAUGGUAUAGUCCAGUUGAUGAAGAAGAGGAUCGUCGGAGAUGGAGCUAGGUUGGAAAUAGCUGCAAUUACACCAAGAAAAGGUCCGUUUGUGGAUCGAUUCAUUCUUAAGAGAGAUUUUUACCGCAUAAAAUGCUUUUUUGUUUUUGUUUCCUUGACUGAAAUAAUUGCUAUGCACCCUUUGCUUGGACACCUGAUUUUAUCCAUAAUCAUAUACUAGAACUGGAUUUUGUAUGGGUG